AUGCCCGACGAGGACCUGGCCACGCUGCGGCAGUUCCUGCGCCGGCACGGCAUCCACGUCCACUUCGUCCUCAACGAGAUCAUGCGGCCGGUGCUGGCGCAGUCCAAGCUGCGGGAGCUGCUGCCGCUGUUCGUGUGCCGGAACGUGCUGCUGGUGAGCGCCGAGCCGCGCGCCAGGGAGCUGCUCAGAGCGCUCAGGGGAGCGCCCCAGCUCACCCUGCUGGGCGCCGUCAUCGACGACACCAUCCUGAGCCGCAGGGGCGUGGAGAGCUUGGCCCAGCUGCCGUCCCUGGAGCUGAGCCAGGCCCAGACGGCGGCAGCCCUGUCCCUGCUGCCCUCCCAGACCUCCUCCCUGCUCCAGCAGGGCCCCGCUCGCCUCACGGCGCUGCUGGACGAGCACGCCCGACGGCUGCGGGGCCGGAGCGCUGGGAAUCACUGAGCUGGAAACUGGGAACCAGCUCCUUCCCCCCAGUUAAGGGAUGGGGUGGGGGGGUGGUGGACACGAUUCUCGUGGAAUCGGCUCCAGCUCCAAAUAAAGGGGGAGCUCCAAAUAAGAUAAGGUUUGACGCCGAGGGUCCUGUGCCCCGCCCCGGUCCCGACAGGAUUCCUUUGUGUUCCUUGGGAGCAGCCCAGCAGCGUUCCAGCUGGGAUCAGGGAUCUCUGGGAUCAGCCAGAGGAGGAGGGGCACGGGAUGGACCCUGCAGGGAGGAUUUUGGGCGCUCUGAACCCCGUGCCUUCGGGAUGGGGGUGUGCUGGGACACUGAUCCCACCCCUGGGGUCGCUGUCGCCUCCAUUAAAGGUUCUGUGUGGA